CCCUCUUCUGGAGGGGGGGCUUAUUAUAACAAAUAUAUACACACAUGUGCGAACUGUUUGGCCGCACGAUAGGUCACAUGUGGAUAACAGUAAUUUUAGAAAAGCAUACAACCGCGGCUUUACAUUUAAAAUGCCUAUUUUACUUUUCCUGUUAGACACGUCCGCCUCUAUGAAUCAGCGCACUUAUUUGGGUACGACGUAUCUGGACGUUGCUAAAGGCGCGGUUGAGGUCUUUAUGAAGCUGCGUGCCCGAGACCCGGCUAGUAGAGGCGACAGGUACAUGCUAGUUACAUUCGAUGAUCCACCAUACGGAGUGAAGGCAGGCUGGAAGGAGAACCAUGCCACCUUCAUGUGCGAGUUGAAGAACCUGCAGGCAUCUGGGCUGACCACAUUAGGUCACGCUCUCCGCACAGCCUUCGACCUGCUAAACCUCAACCGCCUCGUCUCAGGCAUCGACAACUACGGACAGGGCCGUAACCCCUUCUUCCUCGAGCCAUCUGUGAUCAUCACUAUCACUGAUGGGAACAAGCUCACACACAGCUCUGGGGUGCCAGAUGAGCUGCACCUGCCUCUGAACUCUCCAUUGGCAGGCAGCGAGCUGACGAAGGAGCCCUUUCGCUGGGACCAGCGUCUGUUUGCGUUGGUGCUGAGGCUGCCGGGAGCAGCCACCCCAGACACUGAGCAGCUUGGCAGCGUCCCCACAGACGAGUCUGCCAUCACCCAGAUGUGUGAAGUCACUGGAGGGCGAUCGUACUGUGUGCGGACACAGAGGAUGCUGAACCAGUGUCUGGAGUCUCUGGUCCAAAAGGUUCAAAGUGGGGUUGUCAUUAAUUUUGAGAAGGCAGGGCCAGAUCCGCCUCUCGUUGGGGAAGAUAACUCAGUGGAUUCUACUCGUCCUGUGUCCUCCUUCAGCCCACAGCCGUGGCACAGUUGCCACAAACUCAUUUAUGUGCGACCGAACCCAAAAACAGGGGUUCCAGUUGGGCAUUGGCCCAUACCAGAGUCCUUCUGGCCGGACCAGAAUUCUCCCACCCUGCCGCCUCGCUCUGCACAUCCUGUGGUGCGUUUCUCUUGUGUGGACUGUGAGCCCAUGGUGAUCGACAAGCUUCCCUUUGACAAGUAUGAACUGGAGCCAUCUCCACUCACCCAGUUCAUUUUGGAAAGGAAGUCUCCACACAUGUGCUGGCAGGUGUUUGUCAACAGCAGCGGGAAACAAAUUGACCUGGGACAGCCGUUUGGCUACCUUAAAGCCAGCACCACUCUCACCUGUGUCAACCUGUUCGUCAUGCCUUACAACUACCCAGUUCUUCUCCCACUCCUCGAUGAUUUGUUUAAAGUGCACAAACUAAAACCAAACCUCAAGUGGCGACAGGCUUUUGAGAUGUACCUGAAGACGAUGCCGCCGUACUUCCUUCUGCCCUUAAAAAAGGCGUUGAGGAUGAUGGGUGCACCUAAUCUUAUUGCAGACACCAUGGACUGUGGCCUGAGCUAUAGUGUUAUUUCUUACCUGAAGAAGCUCAGCCAGCAGGCAAAGAUGGAAUCAGAUCGUCUAAUUGUGUCAGUGGGGAAGAAGGCUCCCCAGGAAACAGGCAUAAAGGUGAAGAACCACUGCAGCUCUCUGUCUCUGGCACACCGGCGGGACUUUAAGCAGCUGCUGCAGGGAAUCACCGGGGAGGGGCCUCUUCGCCUGGUGGACAUCAACUUCAAAGAGUUUGCUGGCUUCCAGAUCGCCCUGCUCAACAAGGAUCUAAAACCUCAAGCUUAUCGAAAUGCCUACGACAUCCCGAGACGGAACCUCCUGGAUCAACUCACACGAAUGCGCUCCAAUUUGCUACGGACGUCACAAAAACUGAUCCGAGGGCAAGACGAAGACUAUUUGCACAGUAUCCCAGUAGCUCAGAUGGGAAACUAUCAGGAGUACCUAAAAAUGAUGCCGUCUCCUUUGAGAGAGAUCGACCCUGACCAACCUAAACGGCUGCACACAUUUGGGAAUCCUUUCAAGCAGGACAAGAAGGGGAUGAUGAUCGACGAGGCGGAUGAGUUUGUAGCGGGCCCUCAGAAUAAGAAAAGAGGAAAUUCCAACGAUUCCAACUCGAGUACUACGAUGAAGAGAAGGCGGAGCAUGUCUCCGUUGCUGCGGCGGCCUCAGACUCCACCAGCGAGCACCAACCAUGUGGUGGUGGGGAAGACUCCGGUAGGGGUCCAAGGGCAGCAGAACCUCCUCAAACCCAUCCCACAGCACAAAGGAGUGGAUGGCAACAACGCGGUAGUGUCUGAGAGUAACGGUGACGGGAUUCUAGAGCCUGAGACGAGGGAGAUCUGGCCCGCCGAGAUAGACGCUGUAGCAGAGACGCCACCUUCACUGAGCCUAGAGGAGAAGGCCGGGCUGGUAGAAGCAGAUCAGGAAGAGGACGUCGACAUGACCGAGGAGAGAUUAGCAGAAGAUCCUCUGGAUGAGCAGCAGCUGGAGGAGAAACACAACUGUGACCGACUGAGUCCACAGAGCCAGAUAGAGGACACUGAAGCUGACCCUGCAGUGCUGGAGACCAUAUUCAUCGCCCCCCUAGAUGGCAGCCAGGCAGAACUGAGAAGUCAGGUCAUCAAGGAGGUCCGCAAACCCGGGCGGAACUACGAGGCAAUACUGGGUCUACUGCAGCAGGUGAAAGGACCAGUUAAUGUUCAAAAGUACUUCAUCCAACAUGCUAUCAAAGAGGCCGUCAGAUUCAAGAAGCGGGUGCUGAUCCAGCAGCUGGAGAUGUCCCUCGCUGAGUUGGAGGCGAAGCCGGCAACACCCUCACAGCUUCCCAACGAUCACGGCAGUUAGUGGUGAAGACAGAUUUCCUUUUGUUACUCGAAAAAAGGGAAUAAAGCUUUUAUUUUGUUGAUUGUUUCACCAUCAUAAAAAGACAGACGUCCUUGUUGAGCGGCCUCAAAGCGACAAAUUGAGGAACUGAAGGAAGGGGGAGAAGGACAAAUGCACUGAUAGCAGAUGCUCCCACUGUCCCUGUGCUGUUACGUCACAUCCUGUUAGAGGGUUUAACUGGAGGGGGGGCCUUUAGGACGGAUCCACUGAGGAUGAGGAAAGUAUAAUCCUCUUCAUAUUGACAGAUGCCUUAUACGUCCCAUAGGGCUUUUGUCUGUAUCGACACAUUCAUUCGUUACACACACACACACUCACUCUGUCAGAGAGAUGCAUAAUAAGCUGUUAGCUCCUCAAAUGGACAGGUACAUUCCUGUUAUUCCUUACAAGCAGACCUUUCUUCAGCUGGUCUGAUAAAAGUGUUUGUAAGACUGCAACCAUUUUUUUCUAUGAGUGAGAAAAUAUUGCAGGUCAACGUCAUAUUCUGAGUGUUAUAUCUACAGAAAGGCUGCACUGAUCAGGGCUGGGUGUCAUUUAAAGAACACCAAUACCAGUGAUCCCCAUACCAACACAGUACUAAACCUGUUUUUCUCCUUCAUUAGAUACCGAUCAUGUGAAUGGAAGUUGCGUAAAAUGCUGCCACCCCUUUUUCUUCCACACAGAAAUUAUUUUUAUGCAAAUUCAUUACAGUCUGGACUGCCAGCUACACACUCGACAUUAACACCAUAUAGACUGUACAAGUUGUUGCUGCUGCACUUGUGGUGACUAGGCCUGUCACGAUAACACAUUUUUUAGGACGAUAUAUAUUUUCCCAGAAGCUAUCAAGAUAAACUAGGGCUGGGCGAUAUGGACCAAAAGUCAUGUCCCAAUAUAUUUAGGCUGAAUAUCGAUAUACGAUAUGUAUCCCGAUAUUUUUAUUGCAAAGAGAGAGCAAAUGUCCAGUCAUAGUCAAAGCCAAAUAUGACACGUCACAAGUAGUUUUGUUGAAGCUGUUUAUUUAAGUGAACAUAAAUACUGUCUAACAACAGGAAUAUACAUUUUAUAAAAUCAAAGGUCUAUAAAGUGCACAUUUAAAUACAAAAAUAUAUUAAAUAAAAGCAGCAGCUUGUCUUUAACAAGGAUCACAGUGCAAAUUUGAACUAUAUCGAGAUGUGUGAUAUGGUCUAAUUCCAUAUCUCAUUUAAAAAUAUAUCGAUAUAUUUUUUAUAUCUAUAUAUCGCCCAGCCCUACGAUAAACGAUAGUAUCGUAGUAUCGAUGUUGUUUUAGUUUUAUAAUGAUAUUAGAGCAUAGUAUAGCAAGUAUAUCCUUUUCCACAGCAAUACAUUUUUAAUUCUCAAGAAUAUUAAACAUUGGAAUUGAAAUGUGGAGAAGAAAUACUAAAAUAUCCGAGAUAAAUAAAACCUAAAUAAAUAAACUACAACCAAAAUAUUAAAUAGACUCUCAGGCUGUGUUAACAAAACAUUGCACUGAGAUAAUCAUUAUGUAUUGUAUUAUUUUAUUAUUAAAAUAACAUAAACACUGGAAUGGCUGCUUGGGAAAUAGUUUUUUUGUCAAACAUUUGCAGCUUUACUUUAAACACAACACAAAAAAGCACAAAAUAGCAUGUAAAUGACAAAAUAUCGAGUCCAGAAAAAAACUAUCGUGUCCAUUUUUAUAUAUCGAACGAUAAGUCGAUAUAGUAAUUAUCGUGACAGGCCUAGUGGUGAU